CGAUUGCCCCAAUUGAGCCCCAGGAAAAUUUUUCCUCCCGUUACAUGCACCCCUAUGUCCCCCUCCUAUACGGUACACGACGCGUAGCUCUCUAUUGUCUCAACUGUUUAGCUCGUCGUCACCUCUCCUCCAUGAACGGAGACUUUCCUGUGAAGCAGCAAAGCGUAUCUGCGAAACACCUAAAUGCAUGUCCUGCAUCGCGAAAGAAUAGUGAGGAGCUCGCGUCUUCCGAUGCCCAGAGACCACCGAUCGUGCUGGACGAACGUCUAGUGGAUGAUGCGCAACGGUGUCUCACGAGGGAUUGCAAAUCCAGGGUGAACGAUGGACUUACAGUAUGUGACGACUGCCAGCAGCAGUCUGCGUUGGUAAGUCAGCGCAUGAAGCAAUCAGUAAGUUCCUAUUCCUGUUUCUUGCAUGCAUGUUCUAUCGACGUUCUCCCAAAAGUUUACAACUUGUACCAACGAGGAACGCCCCUCCUUGGUUGCUAUAUGCUCCCAGCUUUUUACACUCCCUUCUACAUCUUUAGCUACUUCGCGUAAACGAGGGUUCAGGAAAUCCAUCGAUCUGACACGUUAUUUCCGCGUUUCUGCGCAUACAACAGACUAGCUUCAUGAUAUGCCACAUGGCUGAGUCUUUGCAAAGACUAGAAUAUAUGUUGGACAUCCCUUUGCCCUUGUUUCACUUCAUACUUCACACCCUUGUUCUCAUUGCUCAGAGCCGGUGGUUACCUUGAAGUCGCAUGCACAACCUUCAGACGUUUUAUGUCAAGCGUGUCUGACCAAGUUAAUGCCUCCCCCAGCCGUCCCUGCUCAUGCGCUACAGACGCAGACCGACAGGCCACAACUAGAUACCUCUGUUACGGCACCUUCAAGAAAAAGUAGUCUCCACAGAGUUACGGGUGAUCCAUCUCCGAUCACUCCUCCUCAUAUAACCAUGCCUCAGGAAGCUCAAAAUCCUCGGAAACGGAAAGUUACUAGCAACACGCCCCCUCCCUUUCAGGUCCAUACCUGGCAUUCAAAUCCGAUGAGGGAUGGACUACCUGGGAAUAUAGCUCGAGGUCAUUCAUCAAUGCAACAGGACGGGCCCACACUAGUCGUUAAUCCAAUUGUCAGGUCUAUUCACGUCGUACAGCCGAAUAUGAAUCGGAACGCGCACCCUACCGUCAUUCCUAUUCGGAAUGGCCAGCCAUUCCCGUGGCCUCCACAUCGGAGCUUUCACGAAUUGGUUGGGCUACCACAUGUGAACGAACGCGGAGAGUACAUUUAUCCUGAAUUCACUAGGUUGCAUCACCAGCAACGACGCCGUCAGCAUGAAGAGCAGCGACAACUACAAGAACGUCCCCUGAAUCACCGGCCAUUGAUUGUUCCUUCUCAACUUCAUGUAUCAGAAUCAUCUUCGCCUGCCGCGCUACAUCAUCCCCACCCUCCACCACCGACACACGAUUUCCCCCUAGCUUCUGUUCCCCUUGAACCAGCUAGUUCUUCUAGCUUGCCAUCCCGCCUGGCUGCAGCCGGUCUACAUCAAUGCGAAGCUCCCGGUUGCGUGACUUUAAUUCCUAAUUCCAAUCCUGCCCCAUUUUGUCGACGGUGUUCGACGCUGUCUGUUUACGAUCCUAUCGAACCUCCUUCCCUUCUUCCUCUCUCGUUAAAUGGUGAAGGGGAGGCUUCUCGACCAGAUGGCUCAAGAGACCGCGAUGCUAACACGUCAUCAUCAUUUCCUUCGCUUUCACCCCAGUCCGAUUCUCGGACGCCUGGACGUGAUAAUGCGUCACUCUCUUCUCCGACACCUUCGUCACCCACUCAAACACCAUCCUCGCCACCAAGUUUAGGUUUGAACUGGGAAAGCGACCUUUCAGACUUGACACCUCUUGAGGAGUCUUCUAAUAAUGGCUCAGAGGAUGAUAGUGACGAUGAAGAGCCUCGACCUCGCCUUGUCCUUAGAUUGCCACCGCGAAGGUUCUUCCCGCCAUUCGCACCUCACGACUCGGAUUCCCCACUACCGGAAAAGUUCAAGCUUGACCCCAAAAAGGACUUCAUAUGCGGUGUCGCGAACUGCUGCAACCUCUUACGCCCGCUGUCUCGGUCACAUUUGAAGAUGUGCAUGCGACACAGAAUUGCUUUGAGUCGUUAUCGCAGACGACAGUCGGAGCGCGCAUCUCAGCAAGUAAACAAUCAGGAGGAACACGAACGACACUGCAAAUUCCAGGAUUGCCCGAAUCUCCUCCCACCUAAAGAGAACCACCCAUGGCGGGCCUGCAAAGAUUGCAGAUAUCGUUACCGCCGUUCCAGGGCUUCGGCCAAGAGCCCACUUUGCGAAUUUCUGGCGGACACACAGUCGUCGGACUUUAUGCGCAAUGUGUAUGCGCAGGAGCCGAGUGAUGCCUUUCCAUCGUAUCAGGACUUUGCCACGCUUCUUCAUGCUUUUGAGUUCCAUCUUAUGGGCUUCAUCCUUGGGCAGAUGCAGUACCUUCAGGUAAAGGUGUCGAAGGUGAAAAGUGAUGUUCCGGACGUCUCUUCGCAGAAGCUGGAGAUGGGGAGUCUGAGUGAGAAUGGGACUCUCGUGGACAAACUUGUAGAUCCUAUGGCAUUUAGUUUCGAUGGAGAGUUCUCUAUGGUCGCCGAUCCAGCGGGCGGUGAUGUACUAAAGCGGAUACAGGCAUUUCGCAAAGCAGUGGAGGGUAUAUUGGGUGCGGAGAUGAGUUGCGGAGGCCAUUUCGCUGCCCCUGAGGGUCUCAUCAUCGGUCGCUUUCUUUGCGUGCACAAAACCAUAGUCCCACUGGACGCUUCUUCGUCUCUUAAUUCAUCAUGGCAGAAACUCAAAUGCGAGCCUAUGUCCCCCGAUAUCCCCCUGGCCUCUCUUCCCAGGUUGAACAGACCUAAGUCGAGUGUUGUAGAAAUUUCGAUGACGGAGCUUAAAUCUUCCUCGGACCAAGGCGCAACUACAACGUCAGUAACAGAACCUCCGGCCGACAAAGCUCCGUCCCCAGAUACUCACGACGACCACUCCCUAACUUCUGAGACGUCAAGCGAUACACUUGUCGGCUCAGACGCUUCGGACGAAUCAACGGGAAGGGCAGACCUUGUGGUGAAACGUAUGGUUGGUGAACUUCGAAUCUACGUCUCUUGGGAUCGUAGACAUCGAUAUCUGCCUGGUUUACGCACUGUUGUUCGGUUCAGGCUUGUCGGUUGAACUUCCUCUUUUGCUUCAUCUACUUAUAUUCUUUCUAUCGCCCAUUUGUCUUUCUUAAGUCAAAGCGCUGUUGUUGUUCCUUUUAGUACCCAUUAUCGCAGUCCUUCAUUCACGCGUUCUAUCAUUCGGACUUUGCACUUCGUUAUUAUACCUUUGCAAUAACUGCUUGUUGCGCUUCUAUUCUAUUUCUUGCAGACAGAUGUCAUUUUCUUUCUCUUCGCCUCUUCGUAGAGCAGUGGCUUCAUAAUUUACGAUCUAUAUAUUCUCUUGUACUUUUCUUAUCUUGACACUCAACUUUAUGAUUUGUAUGUACAUGUCAUAUUUGCGUCCUGUACACAAUAUUAUUAUGCUUGUCUUGACACG